GAUAGAGCGCCAAGCCGCUUUGACUGGGAACCGGGCAGCGGUCAGCACCGUUCGGGCAGCCUCACUCACUCAAACACACUCUCUCUGCGCACGCCUCACUCGAAAAAAGUUAACAAUAAUCUUUUUCACUUACCAGCUUCAUUCAGAAAGAGAAACAAAAUAAAAAUCAAAAGUUUCUUCUUUCAUCAUCAAUAUUCAAGGGCACAGAGAUUUUGUUGCAUUUUUUAUGAAAAUAAAAUGUGGGAAAAUGUCAUUAUUAUGAUUCUUGUUUCUUUCUUUAUUUGAUUGAUUUUUCUUAAUCUGGUUGUGGUUGUUGUAUUUUUGGUGAGAUCGUGUUCUUUUGAGUAGUGUGCUGCUGCUGUGCACGGUUUAUCUGAAUUAGGGUUUUGUGGCAUUUGUGAUGGUGAAUUGGGGCGUGAGGUAUAUUCUGGAUCUAGUUAGUUAGUCUCUGAACUCUGAUGAUGGAGAGGAAGCUCAGGGGUUCAGUUUUCAUCUGGUGGGUUUUCUUUGCUCACCCAUUAUGGUGGCUCAUUUCUGCUAACAUGGAAGGGGAUGCAUUACAUGGCCUCAGGACAAAUUUACAAGACCCUAACAAUGUUUUGCAAAGUUGGGACCCUACACUGGUCAAUCCAUGUACGUGGUUUCAUGUAACAUGCAACAAUGAUAAUAGUGUCAUAAGAGUUGAUCUGGGAAAUGCUGCUCUAUCUGGUCAACUUGUUCCUCAGCUUGGCCAACUCAAGAACUUACAGUAUUUGGAACUCUACAGCAAUAACAUUAGUGGUCCAAUUCCAAGUGACUUGGGGAAUCUUACUAGCUUGGUGAGCUUGGAUCUGUACCUAAACCAUUUCAGUGGUCCUAUCCCUGAUUCAUUGGGCAAGCUAUCCAAAUUGCGUUUCCUCCGGCUUAAUAAUAACAGCUUGACGGGUCCUAUUCCCAUGCCACUAACUAAUAUUUCAGCUCUCCAAGUGCUGGAUUUGUCUAAUAACCGUCUCUCAGGUGUGGUUCCUGAUAAUGGCUCCUUCUCAUUAUUCACUCCUAUCAGUUUUACCAAUAACUUGGAUCUAUGUGGCCCUGUCACUGGGCACCCUUGUCCUGGAUCUCCUCCAUUUUCUCCUCCUCCCCCAUUUGUCCCACCGCCCCCUAUCUCAACUCCAGGAGGUAGUGGUGCCACUGGUGCAAUAGCGGGAGGAGUAGCUGCAGGUGCUGCUCUAUUAUUUGCUGUUCCUGCAAUUGCGUUUGCAUGGUGGCGUCGAAGGAAACCACAAGAAUUUUUCUUUGAUGUGCCUGGUGAAGAGGAUCCGGAAGUACAUCUUGGGCAGCUUAAGAGAUUCUCGCUACGAGAACUACAAGUUGCAACAGAUACUUUCAGCAAUAAGAACAUUCUUGGAAGGGGAGGAUUUGGUAAAGUUUACAAAGGACGCUUGGCAGAUGGUACAUUGGUUGCUGUGAAAAGAUUGAAAGAAGAGCGCACACCUGGUGGGGAGCUUCAGUUUCAGACUGAAGUAGAAAUGAUCAGCAUGGCUGUGCAUCGAAAUCUCCUCCGUUUACGUGGGUUCUGUAUGACGCCGACUGAAAGGCUCCUUGUUUAUCCUUACAUGGCUAAUGGAAGCGUUGCCUCAUGCUUAAGAGAGCGCCCAGAACAUCAAAAGCCCCUUGAUUGGCCAUCAAGGAAACAGAUAGCUUUGGGAUCAGCGCGGGGUCUUUCAUAUUUGCAUGAGCAUUGUGACCCAAAGAUUAUUCAUCGUGAUGUGAAAGCUGCGAACAUAUUGUUGGAUGAGGAGUUUGAGGCUGUUGUUGGGGACUUUGGGUUGGCCAGGCUAAUGGACUACAAGGACACCCAUGUGACAACUGCUGUGCGGGGCACAAUUGGGCACAUAGCUCCAGAGUACCUAUCUACUGGUAAAUCUUCAGAGAAAACAGAUGUCUUUGGGUAUGGUAUAAUGCUUCUGGAGCUGAUCACUGGACAAAGAGCGUUUGACCUAGCUCGGCUUGCAAAUGAUGAUGAUGUUAUGUUGCUUGACUGGGUAAAAGGACUUCUGAAAGAGAAAAAACUAGAAAUGCUGGUUGAUCCUGAUCUCCACAACAAUUACAUAGAAGCUGAGGUAGAACAGUUAAUCCAGGUUGCACUCCUUUGCACUCAAGGUUCCCCUAUGGACCGGCCUAAAAUGUCAGAGGUGGUGCGUAUGCUUGAAGGUGAUGGCUUGGCAGAAAGAUGGGAUGAGUGGCAAAAGGUGGAAAUUCUCCGCCAGGAGAUGGAGCUAGCCCCACAUCCCAAUUCUGAUUGGAUAGUUGACUCAACUGAAAAUCUUCAUGCAGUUGAGUUAUCUGGUCCAAGGUAACUUUAGCAAAAUAGCAAGUCAAAGGCGGAAAAAAUUAUUUAUGACAUUUUUUUUACUAUUAUAGUUUUCUUUCACUCUUUUCCUUUACUGGUUAGUGGUUACAUCUCUCUCCUGUCACUGAAGUCCACUGCAGUAUAUUCGUUUAAAUUUGUGCAUAGGGGUGCUUUGUCUAGUUACAAUGUGCAAGCAUCUGCUGUAGUUGGACAAAGUGACAUUUACUUUGAUGAUACAAUUUUAGCUAUUUCUGCACCACUUCCAUUA